AUGGUCCAGCAACUACCAAUCAUGUUUAGCAUCCCGGGAACUUAUGGCGUUGGACGUAAGCCCGCGCAAACAUCACACAAGCUUGUGAAUGUAGGCGCUGCAAAAGAAGUUGCCGUGUCAAAAUACGAGUCGCUGGUAAAUCUUAAAGAAGUCAUUGCACGAAGAAAGUCUAGGGGGCAGAAUGCCAACACGGUGAAAUACCUGGAGGCUGUCUUUCUGGACUAUGCAGAUUCGGAUCCUUUGAUGAUUCCAGAUCAUGGGGGUAUUGGAGACGACCCUUAUUUUGGCAUGGCAUCCAUCCCAUUCGCUUCUCUUCCAACUCGAGACGUUGUUGACAACGGACUUUGGUGCAAGGGAUGCCAAUGGACGUACGAGCGACAGAAAAGUCAACGGCUACCGGCUCACCUCAUUGCCAACAUGGUGCCAGUCGGUUGUGAUCCCGAUCGUGUACUAUUGGGCCUGGCCAGGCGAGGUCACUCAAGAACAGGACUCUUGGAGCAUAUUCGAAGAUGUUACGGGGUACAGAAGCUGCUUAGUGACAGAUAA